AAAAUUCCAUCUCAAUUUCGAAAAUUCAGAAACAGACUGCACACAAAAGACACCACUCUCCACUCGCCUCCCAGUCCCAACUCGACUCCACAACCGCCGCCGCCGCCCGCCGGAGCCGGAGAUGAAGAAGAUCUUCGGCGCCAAGAAGAACAAGGACCCUCCGCCCACAAUCCAAGACGCCACCAACCAAAUAAACAAGCGGGGGGAGAGCGUGGACGACAAGAUCAGGAAGCUGGACGAGGAGCUGGCCAGAUACAAGGACCAGAUCCGCAAGGCCCGCCCGGGCCCGUCCCAGGACGCCAUCAAGGCCCGCGCCAUCAGGCUCCUCAAGCACAAGCGCAUGUACGAGGAGCAGCGCAACAUGCUCUACAACCAGACCUACAACCUCGACCAAGUCGGGUUCGCCGCCGACGGCCUCAAGGACGCCCAGCAGACUAUGAAUGCGAUGAAGGCGGCCAACAAGGAGCUCAAGGGGAUGAUGAAAACUGUCAAGAUCGAGGACAUCGAUAAUAUGCAAGAUGAAAUGACGGAUCUGAUGGACGUGAGCAACGAAAUACAAGAAUCUCUUGGCAGAAGCUACAACAUCCCUGAUGAUGUUGAUGAGGAAGAGCUAAUGGGAGAGCUGGAUGCUCUGGAAGCUGAUAUGGAGUUCGAGUCUACUGCAGUCCCGUCGUAUCUUCAACCAGACGAGGAAUCUGAUCUGAACCUGCCCGCUGCACCGACUUAUCCUGCAGCAGUUCCACUAAGCAGGCACCAGGAGGAUGAGCUAGGACUGCCGGCGGUGCCUCGAGCAUCACUCCGUAGCUAGAACUAUUUUUUUCGCACAUUGUUCUUAUUAAAUAUUAUACCUUGUUGUGAUGUGAGGAAGCCUUUGGUAUGUACUUGAACAAUCUGCGUAAGCACUUUCUUGAUGGUUAUUAAGCCCUGCAAUCUC